UCGCCGCUUUGCCCUUUCCACUUCGCAGUUCAGCAGUACAAGCAGGCUGAAGUAGGGUUGGCAAGACUGGCGAGUGGCGAAUAGGAGGAGAGGUAGCUGACUGGUCUGGACUCCGUCUCCUCGGAACAACCGCGACUCGCCGCCACAAUGCAGGGCUUACUUGCCUUUUCACUAGCAUUGCUCGCCGUGGUUGGUCAAGCUCAAGGCAAUUGCCAAGCACCAUGGACUUCAUCCGGCACUAGCUGCUACUUGGUGGUGAACUCCAAGCAAAGCAGUCUUACGUGGAGUGAAGCGCGUCAAACGUGCGUCUCCAACUAUGGCGCUGAGCUGGUCAGCAUCAACAGCCCGACGGAGCAACAAAAUGUGUACGGUCUGCUGCAACAGUCCGGCGAAGCAGGACAAGUCUGGAUUGGCAUUAGUGACAGGAAAAUGGAAGGUAUCUUCGCAUGGAGUGACGGCUCUGGUAACUUGAGCACAUCCACUAGCGCCUACAGCCAUUGGUUGGUUGGUGAGCCGAACAACGCCAACAACGAAGAUUGCGGUGUCAUGACUCAGCAAGGCUUCUGGAACGAUGUCCUGUGCUCCACAACCCAUGGUUAUGUGUGCGAGCGUACACUAAUAUCCACCGUACCACCACCGCUACAAAUCACUAAUUUCACAAUUGCCACCAGCACAGACUGCGGUGGAUGGUACAGUCAUACCGGCUACUGCUACAAAUACUAUUCCAGCAAAAUGACAUUCGUGCAGGCUGAGGCAUCAUGCUUCCAACAGGGCGCCACACUUGUGACCAUACUUACCCAGGCCGAGUUGAGCUACAUCAAAGCGUUCGCCAAGACACAGCAUACCGCAUCCUUCUAUCUCGCCCUCAAUGAUCGUCUGAAGGAGGGUACAUUUACUUGGGACGACGGCACACUGACUGGACAAACUAGCUCUGUAACUAACUGGGGCAAGGGCGAGCCUAACGACAAUGCCCACUCUGAGGACUGUGCUGAACUUCUGCCUUAUCCAACACUGACGUACAACGAUCUGCCAUGCAAUAUCAAACGCGCCUACAUGUGCAAGAGGAAAGCAAGCUCACAAGGAAAAUGGCCUCCAAUCACGAACCCUGCCAGGUCAGCCUGUCCGGCAGGCUACAAUACGUAUGCUCAUCCCAACGGUGCCGUCUAUUGCUACAAAUUGGUGGACACAUCGAGCAAGCGCAGGUCCUGGACUUCAGCCAGAACAGCAUGCACCAGCUCUGGCAAGGGUUUCGACCUGGUCAGCAUCCAUGAUCAUUACGAGGCUGCCCACGUCUUGCAAAUGGUCUCCAAGUCGACUGCGUACUACUUCUGGACUGGCCUGAAUGAUCAAUCCCAAGAGGGUGGAUAUGUAUGGUCGGAUGGCACUCCCACAGACUAUGUGUACUGGAGCAACGGCCAGCCUAACAGAUACCAAGGGAGCCAGGAUUGUACCAUGUUCUAUCGUGGAAGCGGCCGGUGGAACGACAACCGCUGCAGCUAUCGCUCAGCUUACAUCUGCAAAUACACCCUGAAGCCCAGGACCUUAAAACUAGGAACACCAUCUGUCAAUAUCCGCUACUGCCAGAGCGGCUGGCACCAGUACAGCUCGUAUUGCUACUUUGCCAUGCCCAACACCAACGUGACCCACAACCAGGCAUCCACUAUGUGUGCCCAGAUGCAGGCCAAUCUCACCAGCAUCAACAGCUACGGCGAGCAGGCAUUCGUCAUGUCCAUCAUGGGUCUGCACAAUGCCUCCGUACAAGUUCACAUUGGAAUAAAUGAUAUGAAGCGAGAGGGAGAGUUCACGUGGACAGACGGCAGCAUUGUCCGAUACACCAAUUGGGGCUUCAACCAGCCAAACGACUGGCGUCGGACGCAAGACUGCACUCUUUUGAACCACCGGCUGGGACUCUGGAAUGAUAUCAACUGCAACACCAGAAUUGGCUAUGUCUGCAAGAAGGUCAGAGAUCAACCGACCAAUCCAGCAACCAUAUCAAACGCCUGCCAGCCAGGAUGGCAGAUGUUCAAGGGCCAGUGUUACCUCGCCAUGACCAAGACUGCUCUCAGCCAGCCGCUGGCCCAGCAGAGCUGUCACGGCAUGCAGAAUACACACGGCGUUCCCGCCAACCUGGCCACAAUCUCCAGCACCUUUGUCAACUACUUCCUGUCCAGUCUGGUCACGGUCAACACCACUACGUUCACGCCGGCCAGCCGAGCCUACUGGUUUGGCCUCAACGACCAGGGCACGGAGGGCAUGUACCAGUACACAUCCAACAUGCCCAUCACACACACAAACUGGGCCAGGGGACAGCCCAACAACUGGCGCAACGGUCAGGACUGUGUGGAGUUCUGGUCGUCGACUGGCAAGUGGAACGACAACAACUGCUCCGUAUCUUUGCCCUACAUCUGCCAAAUGUACAACAACUCCAUUUUAACCGUUCCACCUCCACCUACACCUCGCGCUGGCACCACCGUUGGUAACUGCGCCCAGGGCUGGGUCAAGCACAACACCAUGUGUUACGGUUUCUUCGGUUCCAUCAACAAGCAAACACUGAUGAUGACAAACUCCAUGGCACCACCCACCACUGCCCUGACGUGGACAGAUGCUCAGGCUAGCUGCAGAUCCAUGGGCACCAAUCUGGUCUCUAUCCACAGCUCUGAUACUAUGCAAUUCCUCAUCUCUUCUGCCAACGCCUACACGACUUGGUUCUGGUUCUGGACUGGGCUCAGCGAUCGUGUAGAUGAAGGUGGGUAUGUGUGGGCCGAUGGUUCUCCGGUCACCUACACUAACUGGAGCACACAGCAGCCAAACGACUACUCUGGUGCGCAGGACUGCGUCGAGACUAUCCUGGUACCACCUGCAAGCCUGAUGAAUUCGUGGAACGAUUACUCUUGUGCCGCCAACGAACCCUAUGUGUGUGAAUACCCGCUUGGACAAACACCCAUUUCACCCACAGUGGCUCCAUUCACCAUUCCACCAGGUAUGAAGCAGAUCAACUGCCCAGCCGGUUGGACGUCCACGCCGACACAGUGCUACAGUGUCAUGACUCCGAUCACAGCCAUCAAGAACACCUUCUCGAAUGCCGAGAGGAAGUGCAAGGCAAUGAAUGUUGGCAUCACCGGUGCCCAGCCUCACCUUGCCAGUAUCCACUCUUCCCGGGAUCACUUGACCAUCGCAGAGAUGCUGAUGGCACAAGCAAACGCAAGCAAUGUCACCAACACGCAGUUCUGGGUAGGUCUUCAGGACCGUGGCACGGAGGGAUCCUUCGCCUGGACUGACAACAGUACGGUUGACUAUGUCGGAUGGUCCUCUGAUCAGCCAAACAACUGGCGUAACACCCAGGACUGCGUGGAGAUCCGCAUUGACAGCGGCUACGGCUGGAACGACCAGGCCUGUUCUAACGUGCUGCCGUACAUCUGCGGCUUCUCGCGGUUUAUUCCAAGUGGUGCUGGUCAGCCCACCUCUCCGCCUCCAUUUGCCAAUCUGAACUGCAACCCUGGCUGGAAGAAGUUUGGUUCAUCCUGCUACAGAGAGUUCAGUGAUGUGCGUAUGGGUUACGACGAGGCAUACAUCAACUGCACACAGCAAGGUGGUGACUUGCUCAUUGUCAACAGCAAAGCAGAGCAGAAGUUUGUGACCGGAAUGGUCACCCGUGGAGAUGUGUCGGAGUAUGUCUGGAUGGGCCUUUCCGACCAGGACCGUGAACGCUACUGGCGCUGGGCAGAUGGCACGCCUCUGAGCCGGACACGCUACAGCAACUGGGGGCCAAGUCAGCCCAACAACUACAAGAACGAGGACUGCGUUGCCAUCCACUCCAGCGACAGUAUGUGGUAUGACCGCAGCUGCGACGAACCGCACUCGUUUGUGUGUGAAGUCACCGUCGCCGUGUUCAACUACACUUCUCCAACGGUGCUGCCAACUGGAAACUCUGCGAACGCACAUCACAAUUCUGCGUCACAUGGAGGACACAUGUCAGUCGGUGCAGAAGUUGGUAUUGCCUUUGCGGUUAUUGCCGGCAUUGCUGUCAUCGGAGUAGUCGUCUUCUUUGCCAUCAAGCGACGUGGAGGCGGAGGAGCUGGAGGCUUUUCAUUCAGCCGCUUGGGUGCCGCGCAAACGGUCCAACAUGCCACGGACGACGAUGACGAUGAUGAGCUUCUUUCUGAGGAGUGAUCAAGUCAAGAUGUGUGCUUGAAGCUGGCCAAUUUCUUUGUUUGUCCAUGAGUGCGUGCUUGUGUGUGCUUACCAUUUGAACGGUGCUGUGGGAGAAGACGUUACCAUAGCAAACAACAUCAGUUGCUUGCCGCGCGUAGUGCAGCUAGACUGCAUGCGUAGGGUACUGCUGCAUACAUACUGGUACAGCUCUGCAUGCUGUGCACAGCCAUUUGUACAUCACCGACACCACUGAAUACUUCUACACUCUGAAAUAAUCCCGCCUGCGCAAGUGUAGAGGAAUGCACAGGAAUCAAAUUGACUCUAAACUUGCUGCAUCUUGUCUGUUGUUUUCUAUGUUGUUGCCUACAAAUUUAUUCUAAAUAUGCUAUUUUUUGCCAGAUCAACUGUGAAUGGACAAAUAAUAAUUAUCUACAGUGGUAUGUACCCAUAGGACAUGCCGGCAUGGUAUGGUUUCAAUUCCAAAGUUCUGAAGUUUCCCUAUUUGCAUUGAAUGUGUUAGCCGUUCAAUUGAACCAACUGGAUAACUCCUGAUGCCUGGUUAAUUGCUUCAACUUUGCUACCAGCAACAUUUACCUUUUGGCAUGUAUUCGCUAUCCAUGCGUCGAGAACAA